AUGACGGAUGAGCUGGACGUGGUCGCCCGUGCCCUGGCCACGGAGGGGUACCAGGUCAGGGAGUUCCUGAGCUACCGCCGGGGCGGGUCGGGCGGGCGGCUGGUGUUGCGGGCGCUGGAUGAGCGCAGCGACGAGGACGUGGCGAUCAAGUGCUUCCGGAGGGGGCCCAACAUCAGCCGCAAGCACCUGGCGCGGGAGGUGCUCUACCACCGCGGGCUGGUGCACAAGCACGUGGUGUCCUUCAAGCGCGUCUUCCUGACCCCGUACUACCUGUGCAUCGUCAUGGUGUACGCUCCCCACGGCAACCUCCAGCAGUGGCUGCAGCGCGCGGGAUGCUUCCCCGAGGGCUUGGCGCGGGCGCUGUUUCAGCAGAUGGUGUGCGCCGUGGACUUCUGCCACGGCAAGGGCGUCUUCAACCGCGACAUCAAGCUGGAGAACCUGCUGGUGACGGUGGAGAGCGGGGCGGGCGGCCAGCACUUCAAGCUGCAGCUUUGCGACUUCGGCUUCAGCAAGGGCCGCCAUGACUCUACCCCCAAGACGCUGGCGGGCACCUGGGGCUAUAUCGCCCCGGAGGUGGUCAAGAGCUGCUACGAGCGGCGGGGCUACGACGGCCGGGCCGCGGACAUCUGGUCUCUGGGCAUCUGCCUCUACCGCCUGCUGUACGGUGCCCUCCCCAUGGUCGCCACCCCCAACCGGCCCAAGAAGCGCAACUGGUGGGUGGGCGCGGAGCUGAACAGGCUGACGCAGCUCAUCGUGGAGAUCCCCGAGGUGCAGGAGGUGGUCGUGGAGGACGGGCUGCAGGACAUCAGCCGGGUAUCCGACCCAUGCCGCCUGUUGCUGAGCCGGCUGCUCUGCGCCGACCCCCGCCAGCGCAUAACCCUGCCGGAGCUGUGCCGCACGCCUUGGUUCCUGACCGACUACCCGGCCGACCUGGUGGGCUACAACGAGCGCCUGGCGCGGGAUUACGCCGCCGACAUCCGGAACAGGCUGGACGAGUACCUGCAGAGCGAGGCGGAAUUGGAGGGGCUGGUGGACGCGGCCGUGGAGCGGGUGCCGGCGGGCUGGGACCAGGUGGGGUCGCCGGCAAUCGUGGGCGGCAGCGCGUCGAACUUCACGACGUACGCCCUGCCCACGAGGUCGACGGUGCAGAGCCCGGACGCCAGGGGCGUGUAA